AUGUCUGCCCCUGAACAAGCUGAAUUCACCUUCCUCCCUCUCGGUGCCAUUAUCCAAGAGUUCCGCGUGGGCGGGAAGAACAUCGUCCUGGGUUUCCCCACACAGGACCACUACAUUAAGCACAACACCGCGCAUUAUGGUGCCACCAUUGGUCGUGUCGCCAACCGGAUUAAGGAUGGCCUCAUUAAGAACCUAAACGGUCGUGAGUACCAACUGGCCAAGAACAAUGGCCCCAAUGCUCUUCACGGCGGUGAGAAGGGCUGGGGAAAGCGCAUCUUUGAUGGCCCGCAUACCGUCAACCGCAAUGGUCGCGAUGCCUUGCUUUUCAAGUACCUGUGCCAUGAUGCGGAGGAAGGGUAUCCCGGUACCAUUGAGGUACGCGUAUGGUACACAGCUAGCAAGGAGGAUGAAAAGUCGGUCCUGACGGCUGAAUAUGAGGUGGAGUUUGUUGGGGAUGAGUGUGAAGAGACUGUCGUCAACAUCACCAACCACAGCUACUUCAACAUUGGUGAUGGCGCCACUAUUACCGGCACCACCGCCCAGCUAGAAACUGACAACUACCUGCCCCUCGACUCCACCGGAAUUCCAGAGGGCGGGGUCGCCAAGUUCCCCCGCGAUGUGACCAAGCCCUUCGAGUUGCAAGCCACCGGCCCCCAUAUCGACGACGUCUUCAUCAUGGAGACUGACCCCUCCAAAAUCCCGCUCGACACUCGUGGUCUGCCCGUUCGCCGACAGGCCCAGUUCAGCAACACCAGUACCGGUAUCCAUCUGGAGGUGCACAGCACUGAGCCUGCAUUCCAGUUCUACACUGGCAAGUACAUCAAUAUUCCCUCUAUCGAUGGAGCCCCCGCUCACACCGAGGGUGCCGGGUUCUGCGUUGAGCCCAGUCGCUUCGUCAACGCCAUCAAUGAGCCGGCGUGGCGAUCCAUGGUGUUGCUGAAGAAGGGACAGAUCUUCGGGUGUAAGAAUGUGUACAAAGCCUGGACUACUUAA